AUGCAAUCGUACUUCGCCAACCAGUCCUGCGACCCCUUCACUGACAGAGCUAUCCCUUGCACUCUCGGCAACUAUGUUAGCUAUGCUGUCGAUGUCCGCUGCACUGCAGAUGUUAGCAACGCUCUCAAGUUUGCUAAGGCUAACAACCUUCGUGUCGUUGUCCGCAACACUGGCCAUGACUUCCUUGGCCGAUCUACAGGUGCUGGUGCUCUGGCGAUUUGGACCAAUCACCUCAAGACCAUCGAUUUCACCACCUGGUCUGACAAGUACUACUCCGGUCCGGCCGUGAACGUGGGUGCCGGUGUCCUCGGAUACGAAAUUCUCGAAGCAGCCCAUGCCAAGGGGCUCAGUGUGGUGACUGGCGAGUGUGCUACCGUCGGUCUUGCUGGAGGCUUUAUUCAAGGUGGAGGUCACAGUGCUCUGUCUACCGAAUUUGGUCUCGGGGCUGAUCAGACGCUUGCCUUCCAAGUCGUCACCGCGGAUGGCAAGACCGUCGUGGCUUCGCCUUCUCAAAACGCUGAUCUUUACUGGGCUCUCAGUGGUGGCGGUGGGGGCACUUUCGGUGUCGUGACUGGUGUCACCGUCCGCGCCUACAAGGCGGAGACUGUUGGCGGAGCGGCCUUCCAGCUGCUUGCUGCGACGACCACGCCUGAGAAGUACAACGCUGCCAUCUCCAAGUUCCAUGAGCUGUUACCCAAUAUGACGGACCACGGCGCCUUCACUGUCUUCCUACACAACUCCCAGUUCUUCGUUGUCCGUCCUAUGACUGUUUGGAACUCGACUGCCGCUUACGUUCGAGACGUUGUUCUCGCCCCAUUCACCAGAGCGCUAGAAGAGAUCGGUAUCACCUUGCCAGUCGCUUAUAGUGAGCUCUCGUACCGCGAUCAUUACGACCGUUACAUGGGUCCUCUCCCUCAGGGUAACCUCGAGGUGACUCGUUACCAGUUCGGUGGACGCUUGAUCCCCCGCGAGGUCAUCGAGAACAACAGUGAAGAGUACCAAGAGGUCGUCAGGAACCUUACUGCCAACGGCGUUCUCCUCGCCGGCAGCACCGGUCAGUAUAAAAAGCCGGUCGGUGCCCCUGACAACUCGGUUCACCCCGCGUGGCGCAAUGCCGUCAUGCAGCUCCAGCUGAUCACCAACUGGGAUAACGCGGCGUCGUGGGACGACAUGGAGGCCGCGCAAAGACGCAUGACGGAGGAAUUCAUGCCUCUGAUCCAGUCCGUGACGCCGGGAAGCGGUUCUUAUAUGAAUGAGGCCGACUUCAGACAGCCGGAUUGGCAAAACGCCUUCUUUGGUGACAACUACGCAAAGUUGCUAUCCAUCAAGAAGAAGUGGGAUCCUGAAUCGCUUUUCUACGUGCUCAAGGGCGUGGGCAGCGAGGCGUGGAAUGUCGCACCUAAUGGGCAGAUGUGCCGUGCUUAA